AAGGUACAAAACAUGCAGGGCUGGACUUGAAAGCUUCAUACCAUCUCAAACUCUUCAAGUCAAACCCACAAACAAAAACCUCUCAUCAAAAUGGUUGUAGUAGAAGCAGAAGAAGGGGAAAUUAAGGCUUUAAUUAAGGUAUGGUUAAAGGUCUUAAUAUCUCUAAUUUACACAUAUUUCAUUGUUUCAAAGCUUCCCAAAGGCAAAAUUAGGCUAUUCUCUCUAUUACCAGUAAUCUCCAUCUUCUCUCUCCUCCCAUAUUCUCUCUCCACCCCAACAACAGCAGGUCUCACUGGGUUCUUCUUCACUUGGCUUGCUAAUUUCAAAUUAAUCCUUUUUUCCUUUAAUCUUGGUCCAUUAACCCAUGAUUUACCCAACAGAUCUUUCCUUAAUUUUGUUUUAAUUGCUUCAUUUCCAAUCAAAAUUAAGGAAAAAGCUGAAAAUGUUGGCCAGAAAUUACGAGUACCCCUUAAUUUGUGGUCAAAGAUUCUGAUUUACUCCUUAAUUGUUGUUACGGGGUAUUUUAGUAAUUACAAUAAAAAUAUUCACCCGAAUUUACUUCUGGGGAUUUAUUGUUGUGCAGUUUAUUUGAAUUUGGAGAUUAUUAUGGGUCUUUGUAAUAAAUUGGUGGGGUCCAUUUUAGGGUGGGAGCUUUCUCCACCGUUUGAUGAGCCUUAUUUGUCAACAUCAUUGCAAGAUUUCUGGGGGAGGAGGUGGAACCUCAUGGUAUCGGAUGUGCUGCGACACACUGUAUAUUUGCCUGUGAAGUCAUUUUGUGAAGUUUACAUUGGGAAGAGGUGGGCCCAGCUUGUAGCAACGAUGACAGCUUUUGUUGUGUCUGGUUUGAUGCAUGAGUUGUUGUUCUUCUACAUUACGCGUGCUAGUCCCACGUGGGAAGUCACGUGCUUCUUCUUGCUUCAUGGAGUGUGUUUGGGUCUUGAGAUUGGGCUGAAGAGGGUAUUGGGCCUAGGGGAGUUACAUUGGGCUUUUGCUGGCCCGUUGACAAUUGGGUUUGUGAUGGCUACUGGAUUUUGGUUGUUUUUUCCACAACUUGUGAGGAAUAGGGUUGAUGUUAGAUCACUCGAGGAAGUCAAAGCUGUUAGUAGGUUUCUUAAGGGAAUCUUAGCAUUGGAUUAACUGGCUAUCCAUGGCCAUGGGUGUCAUUUGUUCUUAAAAGUACAAUUUCAGUGUGUGUGUUUUUUUUUUUAAAAGUAUAAUCAUACACGUUACAUUUUCUCGA